CGGUGAGGUCACAAGGUCAUCACAGAAUGCCUGAGCCGAGGGCAAAGCGCUGCAAACACUGUGACGAGUCUAGCCACAGGUUGGACAGCGGCUCCCCAUUCUGGAGGAUACAGUUGGAUCAGGACCUCCUGGACACUAUAAGCGCUAUUUACCCCGAGUGGUUCAAGGAUUACACGAACAACAGAACCACCGCAUCAUCAUCAAUCUCAGCAUCCUUCAACGGAAAUCACUUAAAUAACGACGAGCCCUCUAAAUCAAACACCCAAAAUCCCAGUAUUCUAAUUGACAAUCAGUCCAACAAACUCAGUAAAAUCGAGAGCAAGACCAAAUCCAAGGCGAAGCGAAUUGAGGUACUCAGGGAGAAACGAGAGAAACGUGAAGCUAAAGAGGACAGAGAUCGUUUAGAGAGCAGCAAGAAAACGGGAAAACGAUACGAAAGAACAGCAGAGGGUAGUUUGACAACUGGAAGAAAGUCGUUAGGUGUUGACAUAUCACAAAUAUCCACUUCGGUGGCGGAAACAACAAAAAUGGCUGAGAGCAAUCGAUCUUCACCGCCUAAAGCGGAAGUUGACGAUUCACCACUGCAGCAUGAUCGUAACAAAGAAUCUUUGAAGGUGAAAUUGAUGCUCAGGCGACCGUACAAUCAACUCGUUGCCCAAGGCAUUAUGCCACCUUUGAAAACUCCACCAGGAUUUCAUGAGCAACGCAAACAGCUGGAACGUGCCAAGACAGGUGAUCUGUUGAAAGCGAAGAUUCAGCAGAGACCGGGAAGAGAUGAACUUGUGAGACAACACAUCCUCGAGGACGUGGGUCAUGUAGAUCCCAGUCUGGCGGAGAGGCAGCGGAUGCUGAAGAAGGCAAGACUUGCUGAUCAGCUCAACGAUCAACUUAGUCAUCGACCUGGACCCCUUGAACUCAUACAGAAAAAUAUUUUGCAUACUGAAGAGCCCAUUGAAAGGGCGGUUAAAGAGGGUCACAUUCCCUUCAAACCGACGUGCGAGGGUCAGGUGAACAAACCCCAACCUCCAGAUCACUACAUCACCUUCGAGGACGACUCCCAGAGCUCUGAAGGUGCACCCUCACCUCCUCUGGAGGGCCGAACUGAUGUUCUGGAGACUGCAGCAGCAUCCGCUGGAAUCGUCACGGUUUCUCUAAGUAUUCCAACAACUGGUGGUGCUGUUGUCGUCUCCUCGGCUUCACCCGUCUUUCAACAGACCAAUGGAGAGCCAACGAUACAAACGUUUGCAGAAUUAUGUAAUUCGGUCGUUGGCAAUCAACACACCCAACUUCCAACAUCACAGGCGAGUCAAACAAAUGGCCCAACAGCAACAUUAUUACCCCUGGCACCAGCGCCUAGUCCCAUGUCACUUGGCUCGACGACAUCCAGCCUCUCUCCCCUAUCAAAUAUAUCAAUAGCAUCACCACCAGCUCCACCCGCAGCAAUAACCCCACGUCCACAAGCCAGUCCAAUAGCCACAACAUGCCAAAGGAGUGAUGCACCUGGAAAAGACAAGAAUAGAAAAAAAUCCAAAACCAAGAGUCAACCAAAAACACGAACCAUCAAAUUUCACGAGUACAAGGGACCUCCAAACGCCCAAAAGACUUCACCUCCGUCGGUUCAGCCCGGCCUAAACUCAGCUGCCCACAACGAGACAAGCUACGAAAUAAUGCUCCAACAACAGCAGCUCUUCCUCCAGUGGCAACUCGAAUGUCAACACCAACUACCUCGAAUAAUCCUCCCAGCCACGCAAAAACCUCUCUCCCUCACCAGCAGUGGUGCAUCUGAUGCUGGUAGUGUCAGUGGUGGAAGUGUUAACAAUCCAUCCCCAGCUCCAUCAAAUUCCUCCAACAAUCCUGGAGAGCAGCCCCCAUUACGACCCCUAGGAAAAUUGGAAGAUAUGAAGGUGAGUGACCUCAAAGUGGAACUGAAGAGGCGAAAUCUACCAGUUUCAGGGUCAAAACCUCAACUGAUUGAACGAUUGAAGCCCUUCACCGAGAUCUCCACAGCCAACUCCAACUCAAGUGGUCCCCACGUAACACACAUGGGUCACAUCCUGAUGGAUACCCCAGGUCCAAUGGCAUCGGAUGACUCCAGUUUGCAUGCCAAAAGUCCAAGUUCUUCCAUAAAGGACGAGCCCAACAGUCCCAGAACAGAUUCUCCCCACAACAGUGAGCACGAUGAUCCAUCGAGUCCAGCAGGUGACGAUAUAAUUAAAGAGCAGCAGAAGAAAAUCGAAGAGCUCCAGAGAGAGGUCUACAGAUUCAGGCAACAAUUGCGUCAGAAUCCCCAGAUGCGUCAAACUCAGCCAGCAAGAGCAGAUAAACUCUACUUGCAACAUCACAUUCAUCAUAAGAUGCAGCAACAACAACUGGCCAUUCAAAUGCAGCAGCUGCAGCAUCUUCAACAGCAACAGCUGCAACAGCAGCAGCAGAACCAACAGCAGCAACAAACCCAACAGAGCCAGCAUGCUGCUUUCCAACAGUUGAAUGCAAAGGCUUCUCUCGCUGCAUUCCUACAAUCACAGCCUAACAAUACUGCGAUACUCGAUUCUGCAACUCUCACAGCCAUAAAUAACAAGAAGAAUAAUGUAAAGAAUAAUACCACAGUGCAACUUCCAGCUGCUAUUGUCCUCAAUCUUGCUAAACCCACCAAGAUAAAUGGCUCUCUCCUGGGUGCAUUGGUUGCCGCUCAAGCGCAUCAACAGGUACAGCAGCAAAUCCCAACUACAACAAUUGGAAGUACUACGACGACGACGACAACAACAACAGCACCAAAAUCUGAGGAGAAACCUCCUCCAGAGUACGAUGAAGCUGCUAAGCUGCUGAAAGUGAAGAUUGAACCAGUACAAAAGAGCCACAUUAAGAGUCAAGUGGUUGAUGAUGUUCUAGAGAUAUUGAUAAAGAAUGGUGAACUGCCACCGAGUGCUGCACAAGAUCCAGCAACUCCAACAACACCAAAUCGUCAGCUACAACAGAAUCUGGUAUUCACAGCUCCUGCUGAUAGCCCAGGACUUGUAUUUGCUGGCAGUCCGAUUAGCCCGAUGGCCAUGGAUGUUAGUCAGAGUGGCUGUCCCAAUUCUCCAGUACCUCCACCACCACCUCCGCCACCUCUGCCUCUGGCUUCAUUCUCAGUGCAAUUACCAAGUGCAUUACAACAGGAGAGACAGACUCAACAUCAGGAAAAUGAUAUCCCCUCUUUCACUGCUGAUCUACUGAGUUCUGAUGCCGAACUCGAUGCAGCAAUGCUAUUGAGUCCCCAGAGUGUUCAGCAAGGCUCACCGGAUCCUCAACCUCCUCAAGAAGUCACAAGUUCUAAUAGCAAUUUGGAUCUUAAAGAGCUAGGACUAGAUCUGGAGACCUUGGAUACCAUGGACUUUGGACAGCUAGAUGGUGAUCUUGUCGUAAAGAUGGAGAGUGUACCUCAGGAGUUGAUGGACAUUGGUGACAUGUCUAUGGACAUGGAUGAUUCUGAUUGGUUGGACUCGUUGAUGCAUCAGUCCUCACCGACUUUGACAAGUACAAUGCAUCAUCAUCCUUCUCCACCCUCCUCUACCCAACAUAUCAGCAAUGAUAUUUACGAUCCACUUCUUGCUAAUAGUCACGAUCCCUUCGAUUUCUUGAAUAUGGAGGACUCGGAUUUCAAGAUGUCAUCGGAUCUAACACUCAUUUGGGACAAAGGAGAUUAUGCUACUUAGCCUGAGGACUUUAGUGAAAUGUGGCCUUAUCUUUGUACUUAGUGGAGUGAAGUGACUCGUCUGUUUUUAAUUUUAAGAUGAGUAUAACUAAAAAACUCGCUACUUGUCGAACAGUGUCCGAUAAUAAAGUAAUGGUUCACCAAUUACGGGGGACAUCAGUGUACUUAAUGAAGAGCUUACUUGAUGGUUUAUUAAAUCUUCAAGCAGGACCUAAUUAUGUUAAGGUUUUAAUAUAUAGUAUGGAGAGACGAGGUUGAAUAAUGAGCUAUACAGAUGAAACAAUGUAUAUUGGACCAAGAGUGUUUCUGAGUG